CUAGAAUUUGUCAACAUGGAGGCAUCGCCAGUGAACGAUCCAUUGGAAUUAUUGACAAAUAAAGGCACUCGCGAGCCAACAUUUUUGGCUCCGAUAUGGAACCCCAUUGCCGGAAGUGUAGCCGGUUUCGGCGCUGCCAUGUUCCUCAACUGGGGCUUCCGUAAACCAAUUUUCUCUGGUAUACAGAAGCACAUUGCGUUCACCGCAAUUGGUGGCGGUCUUGGUGUCUUUCUUGAUAAGAAGCGCGACGAGUAUCUGGCCAAACGUGAUGCAGUACUUCGGCAUUAUAUUGAACUGCAUCCUGAUGACUUCCCAAAGACAAAUCGUAAGAAGUACGGUGAUGUCUUGGAAAGUUGGGUGCCCGUCCGUUAAAUGCAUUGAGCUCCCAAAAUUGUCUACGGAUGGAGACCAGCAUAUGUUAGUUAAUAAACGGCUUUAAUUGUAAUACUUAUGAAUACAAAUACUGUGAAAAAA